UCCUCCCCUUCUGCUACGUUGUCCACGGUUGUCAGUGACAUCAGGGACUCGUUCGCACCUUUGCACUAAAAAUAGCUGAACCGGGAGGAGGGGGACGGCGCCUGGUGUCCUAAGGGACAGCUGGAGCCUUCAGACAGUCAGUACCUGCAGGUGGACCUGGGCAGACUGACCUUCCUCACCGUGGUCGGGACUCAGGGACGAUACGCCAGAAGCUCCGGGAACGAGUACGCCCGAUCUUAUCGCCUGAACUACAGCCGGGACGGUCUCCUGUGGAAGUCCUGGAGAAACCGGCUGGGAAACCCGGUGAUGGAGGGCAACAAAAACGCCUACACCUCUGUCAUCAACGACCUUCACCCACCAAUCGUCACCCGCCACGUCCGUCUGAUCCCCGUCACCAAGCUGUCGACCACGGUCUGCAUGAGAGUGGAGCUGUACGGCUGCCCGUGGGACGACGGUCUGAUCUCCUACGGAGCGCCGGAGGGUCAGCUCAUGAUGCCGCCGAGUUAUCCUAUCGCCAGCCUCAACGACUCCACGUAUGACGGAGCGCACGAGAGGAGGAGGCUGUUUGGUGGGCUGGGUCAGCUGACGGACGGUGUGAUCGGCCUGGACGACUUCCUGUUGACGCGUCAGUACCACGUGUGGCCGGGCUACGACUACCUGGGCUGGAGGAACGACUCACUGGGAACUCAGGGAUACGUGGAGAUGGAGUUUGUGUUCGACCGACAGAGGAACUUUACCUCCAUGAAG